AGAUGGAUGGAUUGAGGAGAGUGUCUCCGGUGGGGCUCCGAUUUCAAAAUCUCUCGGCUCGGGUGUCGGGUUCCAUAGUUGGAUUGCGCUCCAAGGUGGUACGUGGAAUUCUGAUGUAACCACAGCUGCCUGAGCUGAGGCAAAAUUGAAACUUUCCUUUUUCCUGUUUCCGAACAAGAUCUGAUCCUAUUCCUUGUGGUACACAUCAUCAUCCUCUUCAUUGUCUUUUUGAAUUUUUUUACAUAUAUAUUUUUAUAUUAUUUAAUUAAUGAAUUCAACGCUUCAGUUAGUUUUUCUUAAUUAACGGUUUUUCCCCUAUCAAAUUACACUGCGAGAGCCUGUUUGCGCGCGAUUUGGUGUUAUCUUUCUGCUUUCUUUUCUGGGUUCAUGAAAUCGGGGUUUUUGUUUCAGAAAGAUGCAAGCUUUUUUGAGCUCCUUCGGUGCUCCAGAAAUGGGUGGCGAAAUACCCUCUUUUUUUUUAUUUGGGCUCAAUUUAUUUACUUUCUUUAAGAUUGGUGAUGGGUAUUCAUAUGUGGAAGAUAUGAUCUUGAAAGUUAUGUAUUCUUGGUGGAAACCAAAAUGGAGCACUAGGGUUUCUGUUGCAAGUUUUGGGUACCAUUGAAUAUAGUCUGUUUGAUGAU